CGGCUUCUCCACGAUAUUUCAAUUCAGAACGUCCCCGGCUGUUGUUCUUGUAUUGUUCUUUUGAUUUUCGACGCGCCGCAGUUUGGUUAAGUGCGAAUUCUAGGUUUGCGAAUAUAAACAUGAUGCGACAGUUGAGAAGUGGCUUUACAAUUGGCUUUUUAUUCAUACUUUAUGGGAUGAGUUAGUAAUUUCAAACAGACAUCAGCUUGUGAGACUGAGCAAUAUGGUAUACCCGGAAAAGAAUGCAUUCAACCAAGUUAAGAAAAAUACGGUGUGCUCAUCCUCGUCAUGGUGUAGCGAACCAUUGGAGGAUUAUAGCAAUAAUAUAAAUAUAACAUGUUAUGAGAACAAAUUCAAUGGAAAUCGUAUUAGCGGGGAUGGAACAAUGGAAGUUAGCUUACAAAACGAUUAUCCCAAUCGUCAGUUCAUUCAAGAUAGGAUAAGGCAUCUUGUCGAAGCCUUCUCUAGUAGAACUAGAGCAGUUAAAGCAAGAAUAGAGUCCCCUGGUACUCCGUCUUCUAUAUGUAGCAGAGAAACUUCAAAUGAAACUUCCUUCAGUACGAGACCUUCUUCGAAUGCACAGACUCCACAAAAAAAGUUUAUAAACGGCACUGAUGUAACUGAGACGAAGAUCAGUAGUAAAAAACGGCUACGUAAUACUUUAAAAGAUCAUUUCGUCACUUGCACCCUCGAUCCUAAUGGGAAGUUUUAUCUGGGAUGGAUGUUUUUUGUCACUGUAACCUUCUUGUACAACGCAUGGGUGAUACCUCUGAGAAGCACAUUUCCUUACCAAACCCCAAAAAAUAGAAUAGUAUGGAUGUUUUUCGACUAUAUGACUGAUUUCGUAUACCUGGUAGAUAUGUUGGUGAUUCAGCCUAAGGUGAAGUAUUUAGAAGACGGAUUUUGGGUUACUGAUGUCACUUUGCUCAGGAAUCAUUAUUUGAGGAGGAAACAGUUCAAGCUAGAUUUAUUCGCACUCCUGCCUCUCGACGUCCUUUAUGUCGUAACAGGACCGGACUUUGUCGCACUCCGCUUGCCCCGUUUACUGAAAGUCCAUUCUUUCUGGAAAUUGGUCAGUUUUAUCGACAAACUGGUGAAAAAUCCCUACGUUGUCCGAAUAUCUAAGACACUUAUGUACAUGAUGUACCUGAUACACCUGAAUGCCUGCGCGUAUUACGCUUUUUCAGCCUGGGAAGGCAUCGGCAGCAACAGCUUCGUUUUCAACGGAAAAGGAAACGCUUACAUAAAAUGUUUUUACUUUGCCACAAAAACGGCCACCUCCAUCGGGAAGAAUCCAAAGCCCACACACGAGAUUGAGUAUAUGUUUAUGACCGUGUCCUGGUUGAUGGGGGUAUUUGUAUUCGCGGUGUUAAUAGGUCAAAUAAGAGAUAUCAUUUCGACAGCUAACAGAAAUAGAACCGAAUAUAAAAAGUUGGUGAAUGAAACCUUGGAAUAUAUGCGAAGACUGAACUUGCCGAUAGAAAUGCAGAGAAGAGCUCAACAAUGGUUCACAUAUACCUGGAAAACGCAAAGGACUCUAGAUGAAUGCAGAAUAAUGGAUUGUCUACCUCACAAAAUGAAGACUGAUAUUGCCAUUAACGUACAUAUUCAAACACUGAGUAAGGUGAAACUGUUUGCUGACUGCGACGAAGCACUUUUAAGGGAAUUGGUGCUUCAGCUCAAAAGCGUGAUAUAUUUACCUGGAGAUAUAAUUUGCAGGAAAGGUGACGUGGGGAAAGAAAUGUAUAUAAUUCAAUCUGGAAAAGUUCAAGUGAUUGGAACGAACAACGAAGUGUUGGCUACCCUUUCCGAAGGGUCGGUUUUUGGGGAAAUCAGUCUUCUGGGGAUUCCUGGAAAGAAUAGAAGAACUGCAGAUGUCAGAUCUCAGGGCCACUCUAACCUCUUCGUCUUGAGCAAAGCGGACCUGAAUGCAGCCUUGGCUCAGUACCCUGAAGCUCAGGAACUCCUGAACAAGAAGGCCAAGCUUUUGAUGAAGAAAAACGCUGCGUUGGAGAGGAAACAAAACGCGAUGAUAGUUAUAGACAAUCCAGUACCACCUUCGAAACGUGCCAAGCUGGUUGACACUGUAUUGCAGGUCUUGCCACCCGAUUCAAAUACCAAUAGGUUGCUCAGGUUUGGCAGCAAAGCGUACUCGAGGUCAAAGCCCGAGAAUGCUAGGUUUAAAUGUAGAAAUAGCUUGCCUCACAUCGAUAGUCUGGCGAAUCUGGGCGAUUUGGAUAAAAACGUAGAAACUAAGGUGACUGUUCACAGGACACUGAGCUGAGGAAGAUACAUUGAUAUCAUCUACGAGAUGAUGAACCCCAAGAACGAUAAGAAAAUGAUUUAACGAAAAAUCACCUUGUUGAUGCAGGCAUCUCUAGAGUGUGUUGAAUAUAUGAUAUUCAAGAGUUAUUUUGCUUGUUGAUUGGACCAAAUGUGGAAAUGGAGUGAUGAUGAGAAAGAAAAAAUUGUAUUUUUUGACGAUUUUUAAGAGACUGGCAUUAUUUGUAAAUUACUACUUUUUAUCAGUAUUAAUAUUGACGAAUCCUAAUAUGUAUGUCGUAAAUUUUUCAGUAUUACUAUAAUGAAUGUCUACUAUAUGAAAUAAUAGAACUAAUUCAAACAACA